AUGGGGUUCCUACUUCUUUAUCCGAUUAUAUGUUGGCUGCUAAUAGGGAGUGUCGCCUCCAUCUACGACGAUAACUUUACGUUCUCGUUUAAGGAGGUGAAUAGGGUAAACACAAUCAAAAGUGACGUCCUCAAAUUUGAAAUAGAGUUAGUUUUAUCCUUCAACACAAAAAAGGCUGCAAAAGAAUUUUUCCUAACGGCGUUGAUCCCUGCCAAAAACCUGCGCGUGUUGGCCUUCCAAAGAGAAGACGACAAGGCUGUGCAGGAAAAUGUGCAAAUUCGCCUGAACAAGGAGGCUGCGGCAGAGAAAGACCCAUGUGAUUAUCUAAUCACGUCCAAGAUGUACCUUCUGAAGCUCUCCACGGAGGAGCUUAAAAAAUUCAAAAUUUAUCGCUACCCAUUUGAGAACAAAGAGAAGCCACCACCCAUCCCCCCCACAUACGAAUACUCAGAGCACUCGCUAAAAAACUUCUUCCCCAGCGAAGGAACCAUCUACCCCUCAAACUACUUUUUAAAAAUCUCUGUAGAGGUUGCCAAGGGUGGGUUCAGCUCGGAUGGUAUUUGGAUUUUUGCCCUAGCCGAAAAGAACAACUCUAACACGGGGAAUCAGGAGUGUACAAUUUACUCGAAUGAGUUGGCGGAGGUGUUUCUCCCGAUGGUUACCCACAACGACCUCUUCCUCCUGUACUGUAACAGCGCCACCAACGCGGAGCUGCUCAACUUAGUUCCCGACUUGAGAAGAAGUUUCGACGUUAAAAUAUUUUCCACCAAAACGUUUUAUGGGGCCGAGGGGGUGAAGUACACGGUUCAAAUGAGCUUAGGCCAAAUUGCGCCUGCGUUGAAGCUGGACCAAGUGGUGAUCCACCUGAAGAUGCCCGCAGACCUCUGCUACGCCAACUCCUGCUUCAGUGCAAACAAGGAGGACCCAUGCCGCAACGUAAAGGCCGACCCCUUCGAGCAGUGCACGUACACCUUCCGGAACUACGAGUUUGUCUUGAAGUCCAGCGCGAGCGAGGAUGUGAAGGACCAAGUCGAAGUUCUGCUAGAAAAUAUCAACCACCCCCUCAUCAACCUGGAAAGCGACAAAAACUGGACCAUAAACCUCCUCACCGUAGAUAACUCCAAUUUCGUCAUCAGACAGGAACAUAAAGAAAUCCUGGAGAAGGCCUCCAACGAUCUGUGCUCUAAGAAGUUCAUCAGCAAUUUUGUGAACGUUCAUGCGGACAACAUCAUGUGGAUGAAGUCCCACCUAGCGGUGGUGCCCACGCCUAAGUUGACGCCUCUCAUAGUGGAGCCAACCAACCAGCACGGCCUGAUGGAGAAUCCCCUCCUAGUUGAACUGAAGCUGCGCUUUCCGGAGACACACCUCUUCAACAACUGCACGGUGGAGCUCAAGACCAUUCACAGUUUCGCGUCAGUAACAAGCAGGAGCGAACAUCGACUGGACCACCACAACUUGAAGCUGAUGUUACCCAAUUCGGCCUUCAAGCCAGUCCAAGAUGAUCAGCACCGAUUGCAUGUCCAAAUGAAAUCCAUCAAAAACAAUGACUUAGUAAAGUUCGCCCUCAACGUUACAAAGUACAACAGUAGGGACUACUGGAAGAUCACGAUUAGCUGCCUAAAUAGUGAGAACGAAUACAUAAGGGAAGCACAGGCCCUGUUUACAUACCCGAUAGAAAAUAAAAAGAUGUUCCUAGGAGACCUUUACUUUGCAGAGAAGCUCGCCAACAACACUUACCUCUUCUACCUGAAUGUAUUCCUGUUCGAUGAGAAGGAAGUAGAAAUUAAAUUGUCCCUCCAGGAUGGCUCCACCCCUUUGGUGGCAUCUCCCCAUAUUGUAAUGGACACAAAGGAGAAAGCGCACCUAACUGACACGUGUGACGCGUAUGUCCACACUUCCUGCUACGAUUUAGUGUACCACGAAUGCUCGAAAGAGCACCAAACUAUAUUGUACAAAAUUAACUCAUACAGAUCGACGAACAAGCACUUCACUGUGUUAUUCCCACUUGUUAUUCCAGAAGGAGAGAAACAAUUCACCUUACAAAUGAGUGUGGAAACGAAGAAGCAUGCGAAACGUGUACAGAGAGAUCUACACGUAGACAUGGACCAUAUAGUAACUCAUAACGCCAAAACCCCUUGCGUAAAUAACCUUAUCAUAGCAUUGCGAAAAUAUCAAUUGUAUGAGUCCCAUUUAUUUCUUCUCUUCAGAGCAGUGAAUUGCUACCGAGUGUAUGAACCCUUCCUGAUUAAUCAUCAUAACAGUGAAGGCUUCCAUGCAAAGACCGAUUCAUCACAGUAUGGAGACAAAUUCACCUUCCAGAAAACGUACAGACAGACAUUUCCUGUGAACUAUGAAUCAGUAUCGCAGUUCAUUUUCGAUCAUCACCUAAUUAGUGUUAUCACCAUUAUCCUAAUUGAUGAUGCGUUUUUUUUAAAUUCACGCAUGCGAAGUGGAGAAAAAGAAAUUGUUGAAUUUUUUAAAAAAAAAAUCCUCCCCCUUCCAUACAAUAAAUAUUACCUCGUUAAUUACACCAACCAAAAUGUACUCAUCAGUAUGUACACAUAUGUCGAUGCUGAUAAGGUCAAAAUUGAUAUUGUCCAGAAAUCUUCCGACGUUCAACACGUCGUGGCAGCUUUGAAUAAAGUCAUCUCCUUUGCUGAAUAUAUAAAGGCGAAGGAGAGACACUACAUGCACAGCGAGUACAGCAUUUUAUUGUUAACCGACACGGAAGGAAUGGACACCGUGAGAGCGGCUACAAGUCCAUAUGUCAAAAACGAAAAUGAUGUCGAGAAAAUUUUUUCGAGGAUUUACGUCCUAUCCUUUGAAAAGGGGCAGGACUUUUCAAACAAUCGUAUGUAUAAUGAGUCCAUUCAGAAUGUGGAAAAUAUGUACACAUACAAUAAAAAAAAAACGGACCAAAUUUUCUUCACUUCAUUUCACAAUUACACGGUUGAUGAGGAACUCAUGGUGCACUAUGCCAAGGCCGCGCUCCAAGAUUAUCUCCUCCUGCACACACAGAUUUAUAAAACGGCGUGGUACUUAAUAGGCAUAUGCAGAUACAACGUCGUGAAGAACAGCCCUACCUCUCGAAAACUGCACUUGUUCUACGUGAACAAGAACGUUAAAACUGUCACGUAUUCCAUUUCGGCUGACGAGGCCAAGGGUGUGCUCGACAACUCCUCCGCCGAUUCCUACCAGGACAUGUGCAACAUUUUCACACAGCUGCAGUUGCUGGGGCAUAGGUAG